ACCGAGGAAGGGGAGUCGACAAUUUAAUCGGUGUACACGAAUCUCGCCUUCUGGCACUGUUAUCAAUAUUUUAACAAACUUAUUGUUCACUUACAGGAUUCGCUUUUUUUCCUCACAUCCUGCAACAAAAAGAACCUCUCGCGUCGACUACUACCUAGAAGUUUCAGAGAAAAUAACCCGUGGAGAUACAUGGAUUAAUGCAUUCGAGCCGCGUCUAAAGCAUUCAAGCUCCAUGCAUUCCUCCCCAGCCAUCUUUGUCUAACAUUUAUUCACAUUUUACAAUCAUUGUUAUCCAUCCAUUGUCAGCACAUGUCAAUGGCCACUUCAGUUAGCUGGACUGUAAGAAACAACGAAGUCUUGUCAGGAAUCAACUCAACCAAUGAGACUGGAAGCGGAACGUUGGCACCUUACUCGCAUACAUUCGUCAAAACAUUUGAAAUGGUGAUGAUUUGCUAUUUUCCCGUGGUGAUUGGAUUGGGCACUGUAGGCAACUCAGUUGCACUCUGGCACAUCGUGCGUCCUAAGAGGGUCUUGGCUACAAAUGAGGUGCUCCUGCUUGAUUUGAUCAUUCUCGAUUUUCUGAUUAUCGUAUCAUUUCUUGUCGAAGCUAUCAAUAUUAUCCCCGCGUGGAAGAUGCGGUUUUUUGAUUACGCCUCCUAUCUUGUAGCUCUCCUCAAUCUUCAUGGAAGUCCAUCUUUCAUGACCUUCAUUGCCAUUGACCAAUACAUAGCUGUUGCUCACCCAAUCCUGUUUCAUGCCUGGAGAAGACCCCGAUAUUACAUCGUUCUCUCCCUUAUUAUUUGGCUCUUUGUAUUGGUCCUAACCAUUCCGGUCUUUGUAAUAACAAUGCCUAGUGCUAAUCGAGCUUGUGAAAUGGGCCAUUCCAUAGCGAUGGGAUGGAAAAUACAUUUGUUAUUUUCUCACGUUAUAUUAAGUGUAAUUCCAGUGCUGGUUCUCUUAGUCUGUUAUGCUCUGACGGCAAAUAAACUGAAGGAGGUGGGGGUUGGCAAGGAAUCCAUGAAGCUGAUGAGAAAGCAAGUGCUCAAGACAAUUGGGGCGAUUUUGGCCCUUCUCCUGUUCUGCUUCGCCCCGUUUCACUGCGGCGAACUCUUCGCUGCGAUUAUGGAUCUGGUCUAUCCAGUGCAUGCGAGCCUAAGGCUUUACAGGUGCUAUGUUAGAACGUGCACUUGGUUCCUUACCUCUUUCGCCGCUUUCCUUAAUCCCUUGCUCUAUAUCUUCAGGUCCCAGAAUUUCCAAUGGAGAAUACGCUGCUGUACCGUGUAGGGUCCAUAGAAUUUCAUAGGCCAGCACGGGAAGGUCUAUUCACAACUUCUUCUUGCGAGUGUGGCGCAGUCGGUAGGUAGUGAAGUGGGGUAAAAUAGGCGUAUGUGUUACACUUGUUGGUCAACACACAAAUAUCUGGACGAACUCAGUGGGUCAUGGCAGCGUCUAUGGGGCGAGUGCUGAAGCGACGUUUCUGAUAGAAUUGGAGUGGAAGAUUGCGACACAAGGCAUCCACAAUCGAUUCCAUAUCAAUGAAAAGAGACAUGGGUUUGGAUUUUCAUUCAAUAUACAUCUGCCGUCUAAUAUUCCUGUUGAUAGAACGCGGCAGAGGUUCGCGUGUUUUAGGACGUGUUAGUGUUGUUAUGGUUAAGUUGUUGGUGCGGAUUGUGUUCACCUCCUUGCGGCAACGCCUGUCUAAUUUUUUUCAUCAGAUAUUAAUGAUUUACAGGUGCUAUGUUAAACCAUACACCGGGCUCCCCAACCCUUUCACUGCCGUUCUCAAUCCCUUGCUGUUUACCACUUUCGCCUUUCUGGCAACGUUUAGGAAGACGUCAAUCCGUCCUUCUUCAACAUAGCGCAGUGGCACAGCUAGCAGUGCCGCGCCAGAGAGCCGGGGGUUCGAUCCUGACUUCAGGUGCUAGAUGUGUGGGGUUUGCACGUUUUCCGUGACCGAUUCCGUUUCCUCCGGUUGCUCUGCGUUACUGCCACGUAAAGAUUAAUUGACCUCUAUAAAUUGCCCCUAGUAUAGAAACAUAGAAAAUAGGUGCUAGAGGAGGCCAUUCGGCCCUUCGAGCCAGCACCGCCAUUCAUUGUGAUCAUGGCUAAUCGUCCCCUAUCAAUAACCCGUGCCCGCCUUCUCCCCAUAUCCCUUGACUCCACUAGCCCCUAGAGCUCUAUCUAACACUCUCUUAAAUCCAUCCAGUGAUUUGGCCUCCACUGCCCUCCGUGGCAGGGAAUUCCAUAAAUUCACAAUUCUCUGGGUGAAAACGUUUUUUCUCACCUCAGUCUUAAAUGACCUCCCCUUUAUUCUAAGACUGUGGCCCCUGGUUCUGGAGUCGCCCUACAUUGGAAACGUAAAUGAGUAUGUAAAAAGUAUAUGAGUAAAUAGGAUAACAUAGCACUGGAGUGAACGGGUGAUCGAUCGACGGCGUGGUUUGUUUUCCAUCCUUUUAUAACUGAACUAAUAAUAUUAGGAAAUCCUGAAGCAAGGUCUCGAACCAAGGCGCAGACAAUUCUUCCCUUCACGGAUGCUGCUGCACUCGCUGAAUUCCUCCAGUUCGUUUUCUUUUUUGCUUUUAAAUAUUAGGCUCAUGUGAGAAGGGUUAGUUUGAAAAAUAGCAGAUACAAAUAAGCUCGAAAUUGCAUAUAAGGUAAAUGCUGAAGGAACUAAUGUAAAAUUUCUAACCAACAGUCGCAGUGCUUUGUCUAGUUAAUAACUAUUUCGUUGAAAUAUUAUAUUCGAGGCAAAUAAAGGUAUCAUUUUAUUUUUACCAAACGACCGGCUCUUUAUUUUUGACCCAUAAAUGUGCAUGUUGCUUACAAUGGUGACAGUAUGAUAGAGGCACAGAGAGAGAGCG